UGCGAUUCAAAGCUUUAUCGCCAUUCUCUCCGAUCGGUCGUUGCUUCUUGUUUCGCGGAAAAAUGUCGGAAGUACUGCGAAACACUCUGGUAAAACUUCAGGCCCUCAUCGGACUGAUCGGCCUCGCGGCUCUGACUCCACUACUCAUUUUGGCCGCUAUUCUCAGCCAUCUGAUUGCCAAACUCUGCCGCUGCCCCAAGCCGAAGAGCAUCGAGGGAGAAGUGGCUGUGGUUACUGGGGCUGGUCAUGGCCUAGGUCGAGCCAUUUCCCUAGAACUGGCCAAGAAGGGCUGUCACAUAGCCGCUGUGGAUAUCAAUCUCUCUGGAGCCGAACACACCGUUAAGCAAAUCCAGGAAACCUAUAACGUCCGUGCCAAGGCCUACAAGGCCAACGUAACUAAGCUCGGUGAACUAGUUGACCUGAACAACAAGGUGGUUGAUGAUCUCGGACCCGUAACUGUCUUAAUUAAUAAUGCAGGUGUUAUGCUGCAUCGUAACAUAUUGAACCCGGACCCGGCAGAUGUGCAACUGAUGAUCGAUGUAAAUCUAACCUCGCACUUCUGGACGAAAAUGGUUUUCCUGCCGCCAAUGAAGGCAUUACGUAAAGGUUUUAUAGUCACCAUUAGUUCGCUUGCAGGUGUUUUCCCACUACCUUACAGUACGGCCUAUACAACCAGCAAGGCUGGAACCAUGGCCCACAUGAGGGCCCUGCGAAUGGAGUUGGCUCUGGAGAAGCAGAAUAACAUCCAUGUGACCACUGUACUCCCCACCUUUCUGCGCACCAACGAUGAGGUUACUCAGAUGUCGAAUACUAUCGGAAUCGAGGAGAUGUAUCCCCUAAUCAGUGGAGAGGAGGUGGCCCACCGAGUGGUGGGCGGAAUGUUGCGGGGUGAGCAUGAGAUCACCUUGCCGGAUUUGGCAUCCGUCCUCUACCGCCUGGUGUUCCUUUUGCCCGUCGACUGGCAAAUGCGAAUGAUUCUGCUGCUCAGCGGCAGUCGGUUCAAAGAGUUCUCAAAUAUGCGAUCCUGAGGAAGAUGUGGUGGGAGUGGCAAAUAAAUAAAUAUGUAUAUAUUCCGGUUUCGGAAAAAAAAGAAA